UCUACCAGAAGUCAUGUCUCCGUGGUUUAUUAUCGAGUAGUCACUAGUGCCAUAUUAAAAACGUUACAUUUGGAGUAAGAGAAGACUUUAAGAGUACGACAGUGUAAAACAAACCUUAAGAUUGCGUCAGCUAACGGAGUUACGGAAUGGUACGAACGUAGUGACGUGUGCUAACGGAGCUAGCCUGGAAGCUAACAGCAGUUAGCAUGGAGGAAGAAAAACACAGCAAUGACAGAGAUGUCCAGUAUCUGGUGGUAAAAAAUGAGGAGAUUCUCCCUGAGAAGCAGGAGAGGAGCUCCAGUCUGAGCCAGGAGUAUCCACCAGAACCAGCAUACAUAAAAGAGGAACAGGGGGAUCUGUUGAUCAGUCAGGUGAGAGUACAGCUUCAAGGAGCAGAGGGAGGUGAUAUCAGCAUGUUCACAUUCACUCCUGUCCUUGUGAAGAGUGAGGAAGAGGAUGGAGAGAAACCUCAGACCUCACAGUUUGAUGAAAACCAAAGUGAAAAGAGCAGAGACAGAGAGGAUUUGAAAACAGAAGAUGAAGAAGAGGAGUGUGGAAGAUCAGAUGGAGACAGAGACUUUAAUCCAAACAGACUAACUCCUGAUCAAACUUCACAUUUUUCUGGAUCUGAGACUGAUGACAGUGCUGAUUGGGAGGAGAGUGAUGAACCUCAGGAAGGUUUAAACCCACAGCAAAAUAAAAACAGACCUCUUAGUGAUAUGAAAUGUAACGGCUUUAGCGCUUCUGAAUCUGCUCCAAAUUGUGGACAAAAGAAACAACAGAAAAAGUCCAAAGGAGAGAAACCAGUCUGUUGUACAGUUUGUGGUAAAAGAUACCCGGAUAAGACAAAGUUAAGAUUACAUGUGUUACGUCAUUCAGGAGAGGAUCGUUUCAGCUGCUCAGUUUGUCAGAAAAGUUUCAUGUGGAAAGUACAGAUGUUGAGCCACAUGAGAGUCCACACAGGAGAGAAACCUUUUAGUUGUUCAGUUUGUAGUAAAAGUUUUUCCUGUCAUGGAAAUCUGAGAAAACACAGCCUCAUUCACACAGGGGAGAAACCAUUUAGCUGUUCAGUUUGUGGUAAAAGUUUUUCUCAACAUGGAAAUCUGGCAAUACACUCUGUUGUUCACACAGGGGAGAAACCAUUUAGUUGUUCAGUUUGUGGGAAAAGUUUUUCUUUUCACGCAAGUCUGAAAAAACACUUGCUUGUCCAUACAGGGGAGAAACCGUUUAGUUGUUCAGUUUGUGGUAAAAGUUUUUCUCGAAAUGUACAUCUGAGGACACAUUCAGUGGUCCACACAGGGGAAAAGCCAUUUAGCUGUUCAGUUUGUGGUAAAAGUUUUUCUCAACUUGUAAAUUUGAAAACACACUCUGUUGUCCACACGGGGGAGAAACCUUUCAGUUGCAGAGUUUGUGAUAAAACAUUCACUCGACUUCAGUCUGUGAAGCGACACAACUGUGUUAGUAAGGGCAGCAAAAAGUAAGUAAAAUCUCUAGAUGGUCAUCAAAUGUGACCUUUAAGUUACAGGGGUAAAGUUUUAGAUUUUUUUGUUAGAAUGUGAUUCAAAAACUGUAAUUUCUUUUGUGUGUUAAAUAUUUUAUUAAUAAACUUUUAAACUAACAAACAAAAUGCUGAUAAUCAGCUCCAAGAAUCGGCAUGCUACAUCUGACUGAAUUGGAUAUGGCCUGUGCGAUAGGACAGCUUUAAAAGUUAGCGUUCCACAAAACCAAGAUGUGGUUAUUUGGAGUGAGCCCUAGUACCAUCUCCAAACUGAAGGCCAGGCUCCAUGUAAUAGUGGGGAUGUCAGAGACAGGCCACGAAGUGGGCGUCCCAAGAAGACGACACCCCAAGAAGACUGUUUUUCACCCUGUCAGCACUUAGGAGCCAUUGCUGUCUUCUACAGGUUGCACUCAAGGUUUGCAGGUCAAUAUGGCUGACUGCUCCCUGCCUACACAAUCCUCAACAGACUGUACACAGCCAAUCUCUGGUCUCAUAGGACUGCCAUGACUGCCCCUCACGGUCGGGCCUGUUUGCGCUGGUGUCGACAACACAUGCAUUGGAACAUGUGGAGGAAAGUUAUGUUUAGAGAUGAGUCCAGAUUCUGCCUACAGCAGUUGGCCCAUAGGGUCAAAGUGUGGAGAAGAUGUGGAAAACGCUAUGCUGAUUGCUGCAUUGAUACAGUAACAUCUUUUGGUGGAGGCAGUGUGAUGGUGUGGGGGGCAUCUCCCUCACUGACAAAUUGAGGUUUAUCAUCAUUUGAGGUGGUCCCAAUGCAGAGAGAUCGAAAUGGGAUUCUGCAACCGGUGGCAAUCCCAUAUCUCCACUGUCUGGGACUGAACUCUAUCCUCCAAGAUGACAACGCUCACCCCCACAGAGCGGGGUUUUUUAGAGACUACCUCCAGAGUUAUGGAGUGAAGAGGAUUGAAUGGCCUGCCAGCAGUCGUGACCUAAACCCCACUGAACAUUGGUUGGAUCAGCUUGGGCGUGCGGUUUUUGCCAA